UCGAUCGGAGAAGCAAAAACCGGCAUGGCGAAGAUGACCUGCAGUUUCCUCAAGCAAGUUGCAACUCCAUGAACCGUAGCAGCAUGCGCGUGUCGUGAUCGAGCAAGCACAUUGAUUUCUUUUCGCCAAGUAGUAAACCGAGAGAUGUACUGCGUGGACGUAUCUCCUUGGAGCAGCGCAGAGAUCUGGAACGUCAAAUAAUGACGCGUCGGCCGCGUCUGCACGCUCUCUACGUCCUUGUGUUCUUCCUUGGCAACUUGCGGCCUAUAAAAUGGGCCGCUGCUCCGUGCUAGUUCUUCAUCGCAACCUGCUACUGCUAGCUACAGCACUCGGAUCCGUCUAGGAUAUCCUGAGCAUCGAGCAAGGGGAAGUAGUAGCAGCGACGACGACCAUGCCAAAGGAAAUCUCAGUCGUUGUUCUGGCGGCAACGGUGGCCGGCCUUGCGACGAUGAUGGUGUCGCCGGCCAUGGGGGCCUCCGGAACUGCAACUUUCUACACGCCUCCUUACACACCGUCGGCGUGCUUCGGGAACACGGCGGAGGGGACGAUGAUCGCGGCGGCGAGCGAGGUCUUCUGGGACGGCGGCGCGGCGUGCGGCGACCGGUACGUGGUCAGGUGCACCGGCGCGACGAACCAGGGCGUGCCGCACCCGUGCACGGGCAGGAGCGUCACCGUAAAGAUCGUCGACCUCUGCCCCGCGGGGUGCCGGGGCACCAUCGACCUCUCGCAGGAGGCCUUCGCCGCCAUCGCCGACCCCGACGCCGGCAAGAUCAACAUCGAGUACAACCGGGUCUAA